UCAUUUUAUAUUUUCAUAUUUACAUCGAAAAAGAAAAGAUAAAUCAAAUGGCAAAAUUCUCUGCAAUCUUCUUCCUCUUUGUUGUUCUCGUACUAUUUUCAGGUGGAGCCAAAGUGGUAAGGGGCCGUGAAGGUGCAGUGGCGGCAGCAGAAGAGAAGGCGGUGAGGGAGACAUCGUCGAAGUGCGUGAUAGGGCUCGGUGGCUGCUCCGCCGACUGUUCCGACAAUUGCUGUAACACCAAGUGUUUAACGGCAUACCCUAACGGUCGCGGUUACUGCGAUAACAUCGGUUCCAACUAUCUCUGUAACUGUGCUUACGAUUGCUGAUUCAUCAUCAUCAUCAUGUGAUGUGAUGAUGGUGAGCAAUCAUGAUGUCAUUCCCAACUAUAUCCAUAUGGUAGAAUAGAUCAUAAAUGUGGGAUUUAUCUCGAUUUCAUACCAAUAAGUGAAAUGUGAAAUUUUUCAUACAGCAUUUUCGGAA